AUGGGAGCCAGUGACAUGGUUAUAAGAGUGAUCUUUUUAUCACAGACUUUGAUUGGAGUCUUGAGCAACUCCUUCCUAGUCUACAACUACCUGCUGCUUUACUUCUCUGGGAUCAGGUUAAGGUUCACAGAUUGGAUCCUGCAACACUUGAUUGUAGCCAACUUCUUAACUCUCCUGUGUAAAGGAGUACCGCAGACAAUGGCAGCUUUUGGUUUGAAAGACUUCCUUAAUGAUUUUGGGUGCAAACUGAUCUUUUAUCUUCACAGAGUAGGGAGGGGCGUGUCCUUAAGCAGCACCUGCUUCUUGAGUGUCUUCCAGGCCAUUACCAUCAGUCCAUCGGGUUCCAGGUGGUCACGGCUUAAAGUCAAGUCUCCCACUUACAUUGCUGCUGGUGUAUACAUGAGUUGGAUCCUGGCCCUCAUAGUAAACAUAACUUUUCCUAUGUACAUUACUGCAAGAUUGAACCAUAGGAAUAUGACAAGUCUUAAAGAGUUUGAAUACUGUUCUUCUGUUCGUCAUGACAAAGCCUUUGACAUUUUCUCUGCAGUAUUAGUCACAAGUCCUGAUGUUUUCUUCAUGUUGCUGAUGCUUUGGUCCAGCAGUUCCAUGGUUUUCAUCCUCUGCAGACACAAGCAGAGAUUGAAGCACAUUCAUAGAAGCAACUUCUCCCUCAGGUCCUCCCCUGAAUCCAGAGCCACAAAGACCAUUCUUCUUUUGGUGAGCGUCUUUGUCUGCUUUUACACCCUUUCUUGCCUCUUACAGAUUAAUUUGUCCCUUCUGUAUAAUCCAGGUUCUUUCCUGAUAAACAUGGCUUCAGUAGUUGCUGCAUGUUUCCCAACUGUGAGUCCCUUUCUGCUGAUUAAUCGUUAA